GCGCGCCCGGGCGGCCUGACCUUCCCGGAACGGGGGGCGGCCGGGCGCCGCCCACGUGCCGAGGACCUCGCCGCGCCCCGGGCUCGCGCGCUGCCGAGGCUGCCGGCGGGGGCUGCCCGGGGACCGGCGGGCUCGGCGGCGGGAAGUUCGGCCCUCCCGGGCGCCCCGGAUGGGGACUCGCAGGCUGGGGGCCGACGCGGCGCGCGUCCGGAGCCGGGGGAGAGUCGGGGCCGCCCCUGCAGGCGGCGCCCGGAGGAGGGGCGCUCGGCCGUGGGCUGCACCCGGAACCCCGCGCCCCGGCCCAGGAGCGCGGCCGCCGCCGCCCAGCCGCCCCCUCGGCCCCCGCGGGCAUCUCCCGCCGCGGUUCGUGGUCCCGGCGGAGAACGCACCCCCCCCCGGGUUCUCCCGCGCGAGGCAUGGGCUCCCGGGUAACAAAGACGCGCGGUGGCCGCCGCGGCCCGUCCCUCCAGGUCGGAGCCCGUGCAGUUUGCCCGGUGCGCCCUCGCAGUCUGUGGGCGCCAUUCCGGGCAGCGGGCGCGGAGCGGUGGAAACACGCCGGGCCGCCCCGCCGCCUGCAGGCCACACGUGUUCGCGAAGCCGCCUCCGGCUCGGCCGCGUUUGAACCGACUGCCCACGCCGAGUUAGUCUCCGUGCCCGUCGCUGCGUCCCGCCCCGUAGUUCUGGGGCACUUAGCUGUGGGGCGGAGGUGGCGCGUUUCUGGCUGCCCCCAAGGUGGAUUCACACCGACGACACUACAGCCCGCGGUUCCGCUCCUAAGAAACGUCCACCCCAAAGGGAAGGCGCGCACGGAGAAGCCGCGUUAAGUGUGCCCCGGGUGAACGCCCCCUCUUGCCUCCAUUUCCCUCCAAAAUGCAGGGGACAUGAGGCGCCUGUUGUAGUUCCGAGAGAACUGCCGUCCUGGGGCCCGGCAGAGGAGGGGGCCGUCAUGAAGUCCAGCCCUGCCAUCCAAGCUGCCAUCGACCUCACGGCAGGGGCCGCAGGUAACUCCAGAGAAAACCCUGUCUUCUGUUCAGGGGGCACAGCGUGUGUCCUGACCGGGCAGCCCUUCGACACAAUGAAGGUGAAGAUGCAGACAUUCCCCAGCUUGUACAGGGGCCUCUCCGACUGCUGCCUGAAGACCUACUCCCAGGUGGGCUUCCGGGGGUUCUACAAGGGGACCAGCCCGGCGCUGAUCGCCAACAUCGCCGAGAACUCUGUUCUCUUCAUGUGCUACGGCUUCUGCCAGCAGGUGGUGCAGAAAGUGGUGGGACUGGACAAGCAGGCUAAGCUGAGUGACCUGCAGAACGCGGCCGCCGGCUCCUUCGCCUCUGCGUUUGCUGCGCUGGUGCUGUGCCCCACUGAGCUUGUCAAAUGCCGGCUGCAGACCAUGCAUGAGAUGGAGACGUCUGGAAAGAUCACCAGAAGCCAGAAUACAGUCUGGUCUGUUGUGAAGAGCAUCCUUAGGAAGGAGGGUCCCUUGGGCUUCUACCAGGGACUCUCGAGCACUUUACUUCGAGAAGUACCUGGCUAUUUCCUCUUCUUUGGCGGCUAUGAACUGAGCCGGUCAUUUUUUGCAUCAGGAAGAUCAAAAGAUGACCUAGGCCCCGUCCCUCUGAUGCUAAGUGGUGGAGUUGGUGGAAUCUGCCUCUGGCUGGCUGUUUACCCAGUGGACUGUGUCAAAUCCAGAAUUCAAGUUCUUUCCAUGUCCGGAAAACAAGCUGGAUUUAUCGGAACCUUCAUAAGUGUUGUGAAAAACGAAGGAGUGACGGCCUUGUACUCUGGACUGAAGCCUACGGUGAUCCGAGCAUUCCCUGCCAACGGGGCGCUGUUCCUGGCCUACGAGUACAGCAGGAAGCUGAUGAUGAACCAGUUCGAAGCGCACUGAAGCGCUCUGGGGAACCAAGAGCAGAGCGCGGGCGUCUGGGGACGACGGCAGAGCCCUUGUUCCCUGGUCUCCCCUUAUUCUACCCUAAAUCUUAAUGGAAGGGCCUCUGUUUUGUGUCAUAUCAUACAACUUCUGCCCAUCACUGUUCUGAAAUAGAAAGGUUGCUGCUCUUGUCCUCGGUGGGACCUUUCAGGGGGUGCUGCUGGCCCCAGUGAAAGGCUGCGUGUGGUUCUGUUGGGUUUCACAUGCACCGGCGUGUGCUCUUGCAGUCUGGAUGGCUGUGUGUGGCUGCGUGUGGCUGAGUGCUGAGUGAAGCGCGGUUUGGUUGUGUGUGUCACAUCAGAUCACACCAGAGAAGCCCAGAGGUGCCACGUUUGUGACGGUCACAUGCGAUCGAUGAGCCUAUUCUAGUUGUAGGGUCCCUUUAAAAUCUGCUUAGCAUGUGCACUGUACUAGGGGAUUACAGUUUUUAAAAAGUUUUCCUGGGGUGCUUGAAAACUAAAAUUCCAUCUAGAUUUUGAAGAGGACAAUAUACGUGCACACUGGUGUGGCUUCCACGUUCCUGAUUUAAGUUGUGUGGGCAUCCUGCAUUCUCCCAAGGGGCUCUGGUGUUAAAAUAGUGCCAUUCAUUCUGAGGUGGGACCAUAUUCCACUCUGACACCUGCUGGAUGUGGCCUUGGGCGUCAGGCCCUGGGGAGGCAACCUGGCCUGCAUGCGGCCAGCAUCCCUCUUCCUCUCCCAACGAGCUGCCCUCUGCCAGGCUUUAGGCGGAGGAGGGGCUGAGCUACUCCGCUGUGUGAAGGCCUCGCGGUGGACCACCGCCCUUAGCUGCUUCUCUGGGCCCUGGCCCAGGCAGGACUCCGGAGUAGGCUGUUGGACUGUCCACGGGCUGUUGACCUACUGUGGACACUCACUCGCUGGAAACCCUUCCGAGGAGCAGAGCCCUUGUUCUCUGUCUGGUACCGAGUGAUGGUGCCUGCGGGCGACGUGAAGCCCUCUCCUCCUGGAACUGGACAGAGCACAGCGCUCGCACUCCACAGCGAGUAAGGUCGGCGCUGACCCGUCUGAGUCCGUGACUCCUGGUCACGCUUCUACAGCAUCACAACCUUUCACGUUUGGAACUGGCAGUCAGUGAAUUUUGUUGAUAAUUGUUUAAGGGGUAUGACUGUAAAGCAGUGAAACAAGACAAGUGGCCAUAGGAAACCGCGCCACGUGCUCACACAGCGGAAGAGCCCGUCCAUCCGACGCCCGCAGACCCAGGGAUGGGCGGUGUUGGGCAGUGCAGUGCAGGAGGCCCUUCGUGUCACCACCGAAGCCGGCCUCAGCCUUCCGUGCUGGUGCAGGGGCUUGGCGAGGAGUGUCCUCACAGCCUGACAUCCUGCCGGCAGGAGUGCAGACCUCGUGUGACACCUCUGCCCUCCUUGAGCCUUGUUCUCUGCGGCGUCUGGUACCUGGCACGUGCAGAAGCCAGAGGCUCGGGGAAGCAGGAUGCCGACAAACGGCUGCGGGACAGACGUGGCAAACGUGCAGAGUGGGUGCUUCGUGUCUGUGUUCUGGUGCUGUGACUGGUCUUCAUUUGCUUAAAAAAUUUUUUUUCUGCCUUUUCUCUCCAUACUUAAAAGGUUGGUAGCUACUGAGUGGUGCUUCAUCUGAACAGGCCCGGACUGAAGCAAAACAGAAAACGGGACUGGCUUCUGGCAGGAAGCGAGCCGCCUUAGAGUUCGUGGUCCCCUGCUGCGGGCCGGGAGCCCAUCCGUGUCAGCCCUUUGCCAGGAGACCUCACACGUUGUCCUUUAGAGAUUUAACUAAACAUCUUCAAUAGAAACCUUCAGAGGCAAGUUAAGACUAAGUGGGAAUAAGGAAGGAACUUAAAUCGGGAAUAUCUUCUUCCAUUGGCUUCAUUCAUGGUUCAGUAUUUGGGUACAUUUUGUACCUUUUCAGAUCUGUACUCCAGAGAAAUAAUAGAGUAACUUGAAAUACUGUGUUUAAGAAAUUCAAGAGUUCUAUCAUUAAAUUAUGUACCUAAUA